AUGGAGGAGGGAUCCACUGAAGAGUUUCUCUUCAAAGACCAGGAUUUCUCUUCUGAACUGCUGAGGCAGCUGAAUGCUUUGCGGCAGAGCAGGAUGCUGACUGAUGUUACCCUCUGCUCUGAGGGCUUCGAAAUUCCCUGCCACCGAAACGUGCUGGCUUCCAGCAGUCCAUACUUCAAAGCGAUGUUCUGUAAUGACUUCAGAGAGAGUCGCCAGGCUAAAGUCACCCUGAAGGGCAUCAAUGCGGAGAUUUUGGAUCAGAUUAUCCUUUACAUUUACACAGGGGAGAUUCUUAUAUCUGCUGAAAAUGUCCUGUGCCUGUUGGAGACAGCCUCCAUGCUGCAGUAUGCUAAGCUGUUUGAGGCCUGUUCUGUGUACCUCCAAGACAAGCUGUCUCCUGACAACUGUCUGAGCAUGAUCAGACUGGCAAAAGUCUUGAACUGCCAAAGCCUGAAUAAGAAAGCCAAGGCUAUGGCUUUGAAAUGCUUUCCUGAGGUGGCUUCUUCUGAGGACCUGAAGGACCUUUGUCCCUUGGAGCUCAUCGAUUACCUUGGGGAUGAUGAACUCUGUGGGGAGGAGGAGCAGGUCUUUGAGGCACUGAUGGUCUGGAUCCGGCAUGACCUCCAGGCAAGACAAGGCUACAUCCAAGAGUUGUUCAAGAAGGUCCGGCUUCAAUACGUCCAUCCAACUUUCCUCUUCCACUUCAUCGCCAAUGACUCCCUCGUUCAGUCCUCACCCACUUGCAGGAGCAUCCUUGAGUCAGCAUGGAGACAUAUGUUUUCCUUGUACAACACCAACACACCUGACAUCAAGCCCAUGAUGCACGUUCCUCGCAGGUACUCCAACCAAGAGUUCCUCAUCAUCAUUGGUGGCAGGAAGGACAGCCAGCAGACGACAAGGGAUGUCCUGCUCUAUGAUGACAAGACAAACCAAUGGCUAAGCCUGGCCAAACUUCCCAUGCGCUUGUACAAAGCCUCUGCAGUGAGCUUACACAGCAAUAUUUAUGUGCUCGGAGGGAUGCCUGUCAGCAAUAAGAAAAGCCCAGUCAGUGAUAAUAUUUACAUUUACUCCCUCAAACUCAAUCAGUGGAGGUUGGUUGAGCACAUGUUAGUUCCACGUUACUCCCAUAGAAGCUUGGCAUAUAAAAAUUAUAUUUUAUCUUUUGGUGGAAUUGGUGAAAACCAGGAAAUCCUGAAUUCUGUGGAAAGAUACGAUAGCAUCUACAACACCUGUGAGAUCAUGGCAAACAUGCCUGUUGCUGUCCUUCACCCUGCUGUUGCUGCCAAAGAUCAGAGGGUCUACCUCUUUGGAGGAGAAGACAUUAUGCAAAACCCUGUCCGGCUGAUCCAGGUUUACCAUGUUUCUAGGAAUACGUGGUUUCGGAUGGAGACCAGAGUGGUGAAGAAUGUCUGUGCACCAGCUGUCAUGAUUGGAGACCAAAUUAUCAUCGUAGGUGGGUACACCCGGAGAAUAAUUGCUUAUGAUACAAAAGGCAACAAGUUUGUUAAAUGUGCAGACAUGAAGGACAGACGAAUGCAUCACGGGGCCACUGUCAUCAAGAGCAAGCUGUACGUCACAGGAGGACGAUGUCUCACCACGGACAAUGUCAUCAAGGACUUGGAUUCCUUGGACUGUUAUGAUCCAGAGACAGACACAUGGACAGCAAAGGGAAAACUGCCACACAAACUCUUCGACCAUGCAUGUCUUACACUCCAGUGUGUCCCCUGUUCUAAACUUCUAUAA